GAUGACUACAGAUUAUGGAGUCGUUUUCAGUGCUAUGGUUUUCGUUUCUACUCGUUAAUGUUCAGCUCCUUGUCAGGAAUGUAGGUGAGUAGACUUCUCUUAAUCAUAACAAUAUUUGCACUAUUUGAGGAGGGAACGUCUUCCUGUUUCAACAGUUUCAGUUCACAGCUCAAGCUACUCUUUGUAAACUGCCUUACAGUUCGUGUAAAUACAUAUGUUCACCAAACUCAAAAAGAAAAAGAGAUUUUUCUGCACAUUUGAUUGUUACUGCUACUGAUAAAGUCCGUGUUAAGUAAAACGAAGUUUAGAACGCCUCUAGUUGGCAGAUCUCUACAAAUAUCACGUUUGAUAUUUUUUAUAUUCUAGUGAACUGUAAGCUUUCUCAAAUUUUCUCAUAAAUUUCUAUCAAGAGGAGAAUUGAACUCUGAGCUAAGAAACUUUUUCUUCUAUUUCAUAAUCGAGGAGUAAAAUAACAGUGAAUUAUUGAGAAGAAUCAGGAGGUGGAAGAAUUAGGAGCUGGAUGAAUAGGGAAAUGGAUAUCUGUUGGUCUGUGCUGUUUUUCAGCUUUAUCUUCUAAGGCCCAUGAUAUUUUCUUUUAGAUAUUAACACAAGACACUUGAAAGCCUUCGUUUGCGUAAAUAUGCAGCGUAUCUGUGUGCACUUACAUUUUUUCUUUUCUUCUAUAGUACUUAAAAAUGUACCAGACAUUUUAGACUUAUACAUAGUUUGGUGAUAAAUAUGUUAGUGUUUGAGGUUGAGAGAGUAGUUUUGCGUGUGAUCACAGAUUGCAAACUUAAUUGCUUGACUUCAGAAGAGAUUUCUAACUCACUAAAGUCAAACCCUUUUUUGGUUUUUGUUAUUUAAUUUUUUAAAAUUUAUUCAGUCCACGAAGCACAACUUACACUACACAAGCAGCCACUACUUUAGAAUGUCUAUAGCUAUUACCAAAAUUAACAUGCACUAAGUUAAACAUAACUUAUAUUACUACACUUAAAAUUUAAAUCACAUUACUUUAUAACUGUUUUAUAACCAAUAAUCUCAAUUUAUUGUGAAAAUAUGCACAGAUAUUUGUUCAUGGACAUUAUCUGUUUUAAGAUAAACAAAAACAAACAGCUACACCAACUAUAACCAGUUGAUGUGGAAUGUUUACUCUUCCUUGUUCUGUGGUAUGACUUUCUGAACAGACAUGUCCCUUCUCUUUAAAAUCACUUUUGCUCCCUCAUCUUGAAUUAAAUGUUUAACAAAAACUUAUCAUAGUGCACCAGGGUUUGAAAAUUGCAAAAUAUCCAUGGAUAUUCCUCUGUUAUAGCUGGGGAUUUUUCAGUCAAAUGAUGUGUCUAGAACAAUUUCUGACAAGCAAAAAUAUUUGAUGGAUUAUAAACAUAUACGGAAUAGAAGCAGUUACCUUACUGGUUAAUUGGGGUUUAUAAAAGGACAAAAACUCAAGAAACAAAAUAAAAGAAGAGAAAAAAAUAAAGAUUUGACAAGAUGACUUUAUUGUGACUGUCAAAAAUUGAAAUUUUGAUAAAAUGUUUAAUACUAAUGUUGGAACAUGCUAGUGCCAUGAUUGGAAAAAAGCUAGCCAAAACGUUGAAGGUGCUCAGAAUAAUAGAUGGUUAUGUAAUAUAUACCACUUCUUCCUUUCAAAGAAUUUGAGUGUUUCUAUAGUGCCUGAGAUUUCUUAUUUUCAUCUCUUUUUUUAUUUGACACAAUAAAUGUUUUCUUCUAUGGAUGUUUUGGUUCUUUUGUGCCUGCAUUUAAUAUAUUGUAAUUUUUGUAGCAUUUGGAGGUUUUGAAGGAAUUUUGUCAAUUUUAUUGGUUUUAUUACCAAGGAAGCUGUCUCAUUUCUGAAAGUCACAUCUUCAAAGGAAUGAAGGCAUCUUGAUUAAUGUUUCUGAAAAUCUCCUUCCUCUGCUCAAUUAUUUUACUUGUAGAAAGGUAAUGAAUAUUUCUUGAUACAAUCUCAAUGCUGCCAUAAUUUAUGGAAAGCAAUAAUCACUUUUUUGUUAUGCCAGAAUUUUAUAGUUGCCUGUAGAUACUUAAUUCCAUGACAGGUGAAGAAUUACCAUGCUGUGCUAGGUGGUUUCUGAUUGUUUGGUGCAGAUAUCACUGCAGACCCCAUUUGAUAUGAAAUUUAUCACACAUUUGAGAAGCUGACAAAUUUUCUCGUCUCCUUUUGCUUAGAGUGUUCAAUGCAGUCAUCAUUUAUACAUCUUCCUAACUCUUGCAGCAACUUGUGGAACAUAUUACUAUUUAUUAGUGUUUUGUAAAUCAACUUCCAGUGUGACAGGUCAACUUCAAGUAAGACCAGUGGUCUUAUUCAAGUUAAAUCAAAUAAAUUUUUAAAAUCAAAUAAAUUUUUAGCCACUUGCAGAAUAUUUAGUGAGUGUCUAGAAAAUCAACUUGCAAUGUGAUGACUUGAUUUCAGCUGUGAUGAAUGGUCUGAAUCGAGCAGAAUCAAGUUGAGUAGCCAACAUCUUGAAACCUUCUUUGCAGAAGCUAGCGGAAUAUAUUGCAAAUGGACUUCCGUAGACUUUAACUAGGACGAGUCACCAACAACAACAUUUCUAACCCUCCCUCUUAGCCACUCUCAGAAUAUAUAUCAAGUGUCUUGCAAAGCGACUUCUAACUUAUGAGUAUGACAUUUUUACCUCAAGAAGAACAGUUUAUUCAGAUUACCUUGAUAUGAGACACCUUAACUGCAAAUCUACUUCUAGUAGGUGGAUUCAAAGGCUACCUUUGACAAAUCGACUCAAUCUAGGUGUAUUGGACAACCCUCAAAAAAUCCAGAAUGAUAGUAACCAUCCAAUUGCAGAGAAUAAUAAAUUGUGUACCUGCAGCAGUCUACAUAAACAGUACAAACAAUAUCUUAAGUUUAUCAAAUUUCUGUUAGCAAAAUUCAUCAAAUGUAAACACUGUGAUCCAAAUCUUUCCCUGCCUGCACAAGCCAAAUUCCACUAUUUUCCAUUUCUGCAUAUAUGUCAGGUUUCACGUCACAGUCACUUAAUGAAUAUUUGCAUUGUAACACAAUGAUCUUUGUUUACAAGGUUUCUCUUGCUUCGAGAAUGCAUUAAUUUUUAUGUGAACACAAGUUUUUCUAAUUGAUUGAGAAUAGAGAUAUGGGACAAUGAAUAGCCCUAGUUUGCUUUAGUCAGGUUAGCACAGGAUGUUUUUUGUCUAUUAAAGUGUUAUCUAAAUAUUGUUUUCUUGACUCAAAAGGUGGCAUUUAAAGCAACAAUGCUCAGUUUAAACUGUAAUGAGCCUGGUUGUCAUUUUUGCAUGGUUAUUUUUCCAAGAUGAUGGUAUUACCCUUGGGCAAGUUUAGAACAACUAAUUAUCACAGUGUCUACUCUUGAGUGAGCGAGUGAGUGAUCAUUUGCAUAUCAGAGUCCUCAUAAAAAUGUUCUUACAAGCUUCGGGUACCACAAGUUAAAAAUGAACAAAGAGUAUUCUAACAGAUAGCUACAUGUACCUCAGUGUUUUGCUUUAUGAGUAGCAAUUAUCUUCAUAAUUUCACAUACUGUAGAUUGGUUUUAUCUGUUCAGUAGAGAACAAAUAGAUUGUGUUAAGGUGAACUUCAUGAGAAUGAUUUUAUUAUUGACAAUUUUUUUACAUAUUAUGUAUGUACAAUUGCAUGAGUAUGAGUACAUUGUUAAUGUCUAUUUUGAACUCAUCCCUCUUGGCAAAUGGUUGUUUGUGUUUGAUUGUAACAUAAAGAUACUGUAAUGUUCAAACAGAUAACCUGGCCCCAUUGCAUGUUGUAUUAAUUGGUCACUUUCUUUGUGCUGUAGAUGCAACCAUCACAUGGACUCUUCCCUCUCCACAACGUGGUCCACUCAGUGGUUCAGACGCCUCAGUUCGAACAACACUCAAAGUUUUUGAUGGUAGAUCUCCUGAGUUGCGUUUGGAAUGGGACUUUACCUUAGAUGGUGUGGUACUUUCUUUUGUUGCAUGGAAUAUAGGUACCACUGUCAAUAUUGGGAGUAAAGCUCCAUCUGGAGCUGUUACAUUACUUCCGGCCUUUCAAGGACAAUUUAACAUCAGUCCUAAUGAUCGUGCCACAUUGAUAAUCUACAAUACAACAGCUGCUGAUGGAGAGAAAUUCACAUGCAGGGUGGUCGCUGGUAUGAAUAUUUGGGAGGAUGUAAUUCUUGUAGUCAUAAAAGGUGAGUGUUCAUUUUGUUGGUUUACGCUGUAUAUGCACAGGUAUGUGUAUGCCUAACUCAACAAUCUCUUGAAACAUUUUGCUCAUUCCACAAGCGAAUGUGCAUCAUGGUUCAUGUUGACUGUAUAUGCACAAUAAGUGCAUCUCUCAGGGUGUGAGGAAGAUAAUAAAAUUUUGUGAUUGUUUGGGUAAUUGUGGAGGAUUACACAACUUUUAGACAUAGCAAAUAUUUUAUAACAGAAAACUGACCCUCCAACAUUAAAUGUUAUCAUACCUUUUUUAAUCACAUAACUGGGGAACUCGUUCUUGUGGGAUAUGCUUCGUGAUAUUUUACAAUUAUUAUAGAUUUUUUUUUCAUGUACUUUACAUGUACAGUAGUUGAGAAACUUGUCUUAUCUUAGUCAUUUACACACAAUCAAAUAGAAGGUAGUAAUAAUCACAACCUGAAUCCUAGAAGUAGAAACAAUAUUGCUUUUCUUCCUUAAGCAAACAGAAGGGAUAAUUAUUUAGACUGCUCCUUAUUUUUGUUAACCCCUCAGGCUUAUCUUUGGAUUUUUUCUCAUAAUUUUCUUAUCAUACCCAAGCAAUCAUGGUGUGCAGAUAAAAGUUGCAGAUUGAAAUGGAACAUGUGCUUGUAGAACCUGAGUCUAAAAGAAAAAGGGAUACCCAAAUUCCCUGUUGAGAAUUUAGAAACUCUUCCUGUGCGGCUACACUGUUAUUGGAAUUUCACAAGUGAAUGUUUAAGUGACUCUCUUACUUGUUUUUAUUGAUACUUGUUUUUAUUGACACUCUUAUUCUUUGUUAUUGACACUUUUAUUCUUUUGUGUGGCUACACUGAAUUCAUGUAUGUGCACCUUAUAGUGGCCUGGUUACCAAAAUCCUUAUCGAUAUUAAUAGUGUUCCAUCCCACUUGCUUCAGAUCCUCAGUGAAUGAAGUCCCCACAAAUUGGAC